UUUCGUGAGUCAGCAGCAAUUAUUAUUUCACGAUUUAUGCUAGUGAGUCUCGCGAAUUGAUAAUUUUUAAGAUUUUGUGAGUCGGCCAUCGUUUCUUCAUGUAUUGCAUUUUCAUAGAACCUUGAUACGCUACCAUUUGGAAACGUGUUGCUCUUCCAUUCUGCUCUGCAAACGAAGUGAAAUUGAUUUCGUAACACGGUGCUACGUAAAUGAGUCUGUCUGUCGCUGAAGACUGUGUCAUAACCAUUUGUAGCUCAGCACUUGGCUGUAACGGUAGAUUUAGUUUUUCCUAAGUUUUGUAAUACAGUAAACAUUCAUGGACGAAAGUACCAUAGUAGUAUAGGUGUUUCUCAGGCUGUGUAACCUCCAGCGCUGGUUGUAAAUCGGACGACGGAAGCCAUUGUUCUUUGGUUUAACUUUGCAUUUAUGUACUUUUGAGUUCCUUGUGGAUUUGUCCAUCAUAAAAAUGGCCGAAGAUUUUGAUGUAGAAGCAAUGUUGGAAGCGCCGUAUAAGAAAGGAACCCUUACAUGUCACAGCUUGGCUCAGAUCCGAGCCUCAGCUCCGGGCAGGGGCCCAAAGCACAGAGGUACAACAAAAAUUUAGUUAGGGUCCCCAAGAUGAGUAUGCGACUCUUAUCCAAGAGGCGAUUCUUCGGUGGAUCAAGACUGAUUCCAGGAAACAGUGGAUGUAAAAGCCUUGUUUAAAUGCUUCCAGUUUCACUAAAAUGUGUAAUCACAUUUUGGCAUACAGUGAAAGCGGAUGACGCUGGGAGCAACAAAACAACAGUGAAGGAAAAUGGCACAUCAAGCAGUCAUCGAUCAUCAGGGAAAAGCAAACAUCGGAGUCGCAGUAGGUCCCGUGAUAAAGGACGUCAUCGGAGCCGGUCUAGAGAUCGCCACCGUGACCAUCACCGGGACCAUGAGAAGAGACGCAGCAGGGACCGAGAUCGCCAUGACAAAGAAAGGAGGAGGAGUCUCGUGACCGGCGAACGUGAACGUGAAAGGGAAAAGGAAAAGGAGAAGGAAAGGGAGAGAGAACGAGAACGAGAGAGGGAAAAGGAGAGGGAAAGGGAACGAGAAAGGCGGAAAAGAUCUUUGUCACCUAUUGUGCUUCCUCGUGCAAGAGACAAGUACCCUUUCAGAAAAGGAGUCUCACCACUAGGAUUGGGUGCCACUGAUGAUCUUGCUCCUGAAGAACGUGAUGCACGGACUGUCUUUUGCAUGCAGUUAUCACAGAGAAUCAGAGCAAGAGACCUGGAAGAAUUUUUCUCAUCUGUUGGAAAAGUUAGAGACGUCAGGCUUAUCACUUGCAACAAAACUCGCCGUUUUAAAGGCAUAGCUUAUGUUGAAUUCAGGGAUCCUGAAUCUGUCCCUUUGGCACUUGGUUUGUCAGGACAAAAGCUGCUUGGUAUUCCCAUUAUAGUCCAGCACACUCAGGCUGAGAAAAACAGGGCAGGCAAUACAAUGCCAAAUAUGGUUGUGCCUAAAGGAAACAGUGGCCCAAUGAGACUUUAUGUGGGGUCUCUGCACUUUAAUAUUACAGAAGAUAUGCUGCGCGGUAUUUUUGAACCUUUUGGAAAGAUUGACAAUAUCCAGUUGAUCAUAGACCCAGAGACAGGAAGGUCGAAAGGCUAUGGGUUCCUGACGUUUCACAAUGCUGAAGAUGCCAAGAAAGCACUAGAGCAGCUGAAUGGAUUUGAAUUGGCUGGCCGUCCUAUGAAGGUGGGAAAUGUAACUGAGAGAUCAGAUUCUGCUCAGGGUACGUCGAUAUUGGACAGUGAUGAAUUAGACAGGACAGGAAUUGAUCUUGGUGCGACUGGCAGAUUGCAGCUGAUGUGCAAGUUAGCAGAAGGUACAGGAAUGCAGAUUCCUCAGGCUGCAGCAACAGCAUUAAACUUAAAUUCUGCUGGAGCUCUCCCAAUGCAGCAAACGACACCCCCAAUUGCCACACAGUGCUUUAUGUUGGCAAACAUGUUUGACCCGUCUACGGAAACCAAUCCAAAUUGGGAUAUCGAAAUUAGGGAUGAUGUGAUAGAAGAGUGUAACAAACAUGGUGGUGUCUUGCAUGUUUAUGUAGACAAAGCAUCAUUACAAGGAAAUGUCUAUGUAAAGUGCCCCUCAAUCAGCACAGCUGUGGCAGCAGUGAACUCGUUACACGGCAGGUGGUUUGCAGGUAGAGUAAUAACAGCAGCAUAUGUCCCACUAAUUAAUUACCACAGCUUAUUCCCAGAUGCAAUGACAGCACUACAGUUAUUAAUGCCAUCAGCUGCGAGAAGAGGGAUGUGAAAUUGACUGAAAAUGCCAAAAAACAAAUGACACUAGACUGUGAGAUCACAUUUGUGAUAAUUAUGUGGCACAGGAACACAUAGGGUGCAUUCUGAAAAUCAGCUUGUUUCAGAAUGUGUGUGUUGUGUCAACAUGUGAAAUUUAUUCUGUAUAUAAUGAAUAUUUGAUGAAUGUGUGAGAUAUUAGUGUAUGUUAAUAUUUUUAUGUUGUUUAAACUUUUUAUGUUAGGAGAAUGAGAGUAUUUCUAUGUUGUAAUGUGUUUAUCUUUUUGUACAGUUGCAUUGUACUGAAGUAAAGCACUGACUUUGUGA